AUGUCAACAAAGAUAAGAGUGUUUGAAUUUAUAGAACGGCCAGGCUCCCUAAAUAAACGUCCUCAAGGUUCUCGUCCAAUGCGGAUUUGGAGUGUUCUUCGCAAGCAUCAUCCUUUUCUUAAAAGUGCUGAAAAUGAGGAUAUUACGCUUUUUAAUGAAAGUCUUAGGCCAAAUACCAACCUUAGUUCCCUAGAUGUUGGCAAAGAUUCAGACACAACAAUAAUUGUUCGCUACCCGUUGUCCCGUUUGAGCAUGAAUCUUAGGUUUGUGAACAACAGAAAGGAAGAGUGUAAGAUCAAGCAUACAACUGGUUCAUUCAAUAUGUUGCAAGUUGAGGCUAAAUCAAAGUUUGAGAGUUUAGCUGAUUGUAAACUGAACGACAUUUAUUUUGAACAUCAAGGGGAGAAAAUAGGAAAUGCGUAUAAUUUUGAACUUUUAGUUGAGAAUUUAAAGAAGUGGCUCGAGGAAGUUUUAAAAAAUAUUUACAAUUAUAAAAACAUUAUGCUUGAAUUAGUGUCAGAUGAUUUCAAUUUGGAGGGUCUCCCACAAUUAUCCCAAACACUUAGCGAUGAAGGACUGAACACGAUCAUUGAGCAACUUAAAGUUAAGGAAUCUAUGUUUGAUAACACCAAUACUAAUGAAGCUAUCGCCCGAGAGUUUAUUUCUGUCAUUUUAGUAAAUGCAGUCUAUUUUGUCAAAAAAAAUAUUGAUAAUACAGCAACGUUAAUGGUGGAAAAACAACUUGCCAAACUGAACGAACCCGGGAAGGGCAUCGCCCAAAAUCUGGCACAAAUAGAUAGUGCGUACGAGGAAAAUGAAAAUUUGGCCAAACAGAUAUUGAAUAUGAAUCCAUAG